CGAGUUACAGGGAUAUCCAGAGUGAUUGCAGCCCGCUUAGAUCAUAUCAUCAAUCUGUUUUCAUGCGUGGAUUCUGACGAGUGCUGCUAAUUUUACGAGCCAUCUUAUAUGCUGAUAAGCGUAUCUGUUUUAUGAACAAUGACGACAAAGGGUUGGGACAGUAUGCGAUGGGGUAAGUGGAUCGUUGUUGGUGGAGCAUGUAUUGCAAGUGGUGCCGCUGUUUGGUGGUAUGUUCGAAAACAGACCAGAAAUGCAGUCAACGGUUCUAAAAACAAUGUUCGGCCAACUGCUUCUGUUGCUCCAUGUCCAGUGCUUUUUCCAGGUAUGCAAAGUUCGAAGGAGGUGAAGGAUAGGGGCAAUGAAUAUUUCAAGCAAUGCUCUUAUAAGAAAGCUGCUGAAGCUUUUACGGAAGCCAUCAGUCUUUGUCCACCAGAAUAUAAAAAUCAUCUGGCUGUAUGCUAUCAAAAUCGGGCUGCUGCAUAUGACAGACUGGGAGACCCGGCACGGUCAAUUGUGGAUUGCACGAAGGCAUUGGGGUUAGACCCGCUUUAUUUCAAGGCUGUAGUGCGACGAGCAAAAGCUUACCUAUCACUCAGUAGACCGGAGGAAGCACUAGAUGAUCUUACGUAUGCAUUCGUUAUGAAUCCGGAAGCUUCAGAAUCACUUAAAACGGAUGUUGAUAGUGCAGUUGCACUUGCUGCUGCCAAUUUGGUUGAACACGUAAAGAAUACGCGAGAGUCCAUACCAGUAAGAGAUGAAUUAGUGCUGUUGUGGCGUAGUUCAUAUGUCAAUGACCCAAUAUUACGUGAUUUGAAAGAAGAAUCUCAUUCUUCUAGUCCGUAUGACCAAGCACUGGAAGCAAUACGACAGAGACAUUACGAGGAAGUUAUACCUCUUAUUGAGAAUGAUUUAUUGGUACAGCAGUCAGAUCCAAAUCACUUAAAUGUUACUUCUAUUCUUCGUGAUUACAUACUUCAAGCGCGUUUUGCUUUGAUGAAAGAAAACGUAAUGUCACUGAAAGAACGCUUAGCUGCUUUUGACAGUAUGUGGAAUACAUUGAAUGAAGAUUCUCAGUGUGAGAUAACUAAUAAACGUUUUCGAUCAAUGUAUCACAUUUUGCUUGCAGCCUGGAAAAUUCUUGAACACUGCAGCGAUGUUGAGAGUGAAUUCAACCGUGCCGUCGAAAUUGAUCGGACGAAUGUUGAUAUUUAUUUGGGUGCCGCUUUGCUAUUAUCCGAAAAUGGACAGCUGCAAGAAGCAAUUGAUUAUUUAGAUCAGCUCAAUAAAAUUGAUCCAACGCAUCAUCUGGUCAAGCAUAUGAGGGCAAACUGCAAAAUGGCUUUGAAAGCUUCAGUGGGUGAUGUUGGCGGUGCUAUGGCUUGUAUGACAAAAGUUGAUCAGCUCCUGCAAAUGAACGAAAAUGCUGAUCCAGUGCUUUACCUUAUCACUGGACGACUGUACUAUGCAGCUCAAAAUAAAGAUUUGGCAAAAGCUUCAUUUAAAAAAGCUGCUGAAAGUAUUCCUGAUUACGCUGCACCAAUGUUUUAUCUUGCGAUGGUAGAAGCAGAAGAGAUGGAGGGUUCUCCGAAUCAAAUGGCCGUGCUGGAGUCAAAAAUGAAGGUAUGUUUGGAAAGAGAAAAGGCUAAUCCGGACGCCUUGGCUAUUCUAGCAAAAAUAGCAUUUCAAAGACAGCAACUUGAUGAGGCUUUGCAUUUAUAUGAACAGUGUAUUGAAGUAUGUCCUGUUCAUACGAACGAAGCAUCGCUUCUUCCAGCUGUAACAGAUUACGUACAAAUACGUUCUUUGCGUAAAGCAGUUGAGAAAUUGCAACAAACUGCUGCGCCUCCGGUUGAUGCAUCAUGUAGUAUUUUGGAAACCUGAUGAUGUAAGACGAAAAUACUGAUGCUUGGAAUUUUACUGUUUUGCUACAGGUUUUUUUUAAAGGUUUGAGACUAUAACUUAGUGUCAGUUAGUAUCAUAUUUUCAUGAGACCGCCUGCAUUCCUUAUAGUGUCGAAUUUAAUUUUCAAAACAUCUCUAGGUGCAAGAAUUUUUUGUACUUCGUUCCUGUUUCAUUUUCUUUUUUAGCGCUGAUUGGCGGAUUUACAUUUUGUAUGAAUUCUUUGUUGUGUUGUUUUUAUGAUGGUAAUAAUUCGUUCAUCGUAUUAUAUUUGUUUUGUCAUUUUUUAAAUAAAAUUUAUGCAG